AUGAGCCGUCGAGCGAUUGCAGUGUUCCAUGCUAUCGGCAUGUGCUCCGGUCUCAUACAAGCGUCCCUGCUCCUGAAUGUCGUCCUCUUGGCUGUCGAAGUCACGCCGCUCACUACACCCAAAGAGCAGCUCACCAGAAUGGUUCGUCCUUCUCAAAGUUUCAUCAUCAACUUUUUGCUCGGUGGCUUUUCCUUUUCCUUCAGCUUUUUAUUUGCCUGAAGCAAACAUUUAAUAAAAUCUUAAGGUUUUUUUUUAUGGAACUGCCGUGUCCAGUUGAAAAAUCUUUUUGAAUUCGAAAAAAAACAUUGCAGAGAAUCUUUGAGCGGUGGUCAAUUGCUCAGCUGGAAGUCUCGCCGAUCGCGGAAGAUCGAUUCAAAUCUUUUCUUGGUGCGUUUUUUUUUUUUGGGAUGUUGAAGAAUUUAUAAAAAAAAGUAGUUUAUCGAAAUUAUCGAAAGUUUUAAUUUCAAAAUUUUGGUAUUUUUUCAGAGCAAUACUGCCUGGCCAACCUGAACGACACGGCGCAACUCGACCAAUACUUGUCCUGGGAGCAAGUCGAAUUCCUUCGGAGCCUCCGAGUCAUGUCAGUAUUCAAAGGGCUCUCAACGUUUUGAAACGUAAUGGACUCGCAUGGAAAAGCUCAAAACUUGGCAACGCUUUUUAUUUAAAAUUAGAUCCUAUUUUUGGACCACAUCAUAUACUCGAGCCUCCGUUAGAGUUUUUGAAUAACAGUAUCAGUUCACAUCUGUUAAUAAAAUGACCAAAACUUUUCGAUUUAUCUCGAAUUCAGUCUUCAAACUUCGAAAUGUCUUCUUUGCUUCGAACGUAUUCAAUUCAGGCUGGAGCCGUCAACAGAUUCCGGGGACUACCACAAAAUUCUGCACAGCUCGCUCAUGAACUCGAACAACUACAUGAUGUUCGUGGGCCACGACAUCCGUUCCAACUGCACCAAGAAGAACGUGACGGAGGAGAUCAAAAAACACGAAGACACCGUCAUCGGCGACAACUUCGAGCUUCAUAUCCUCGACUUGUGCGUUUUUUUGGGUAUCAAAAAUUUGCUUGCUUUUAUAAGUAUCAACAUUUUUCGACAUUUCUUUCCGAAGUAGCUUUCAAUAUUGAAAAUAUCGAAAUACAAAUGUAUGCUUCAGGGCUUUCCAUUCAAAGUCGCUGGAAGACCACAGUUGGCCGAUCUGGUGA